AUGUUAACAUUCCAAUCUCCACACCAUCUUGUUAUCUUAUUCAUUGCUACACUUGUCACAAAGUUUGCUUUCACACAGGCAACGACGCUUAAUUGUCUAGGUGGAUAUAGUCUAAACUCUGACAAAAAAACCGCAACUUGCCUUGAUAAGGAAAACAAAGUCUGGUCAUGCCCGAUCGCUAAGUGCCAAAGAGAAGGUCACCUAUGGGUAUCAAUGAAAAGUUGUGUGCACAAUUCUCCUCGUGCCUCUGGAACGAGUGAUCAACAAUGUUCUGAAUACAAUAACCAAUCCAAUACUUUUUACGCAUGUAGGAAUCCGGGCGGUCAAGUCUAUUAUUGCCCUGCUACACCCUCUGCGGUACCCUACCUUACUUGUUCAGAUUGUGUUAAGCCAAAGAUAUCAACAACACUUAAUUCAAGUACAAGAUACUAA